AUGAGCGUUGAGGAGAUCAGCCAUGCCAUGGAGGACAAGGAGGAGCAGAUGGACCUCCAGGACGGCACUCGAUGGCCGUCAGUGAACGAUGUAGGCGGUAAAAAUGAACCCGAAGGAGAAGUCGAUGGUGGACAGAGCAAGAAGCGAUCAUUGCAGCGAUCAGAAAGUUCAAGACGAGAAUCAACAAAGAGUUUGCAGAGAGAUAGGUUGAAAAGAAAUGCGCAGCUGUUCAACAACAAGACAGCGAUGCUUUGCUAUGCUCAGGACUGUCAGCCCAAGACAAUUACUGCGAAUGCUCGAGUGGAGAGAAAGCGCUUCAAGUUUCUGCCGAGGCUGACAGAGUUUCUUAGGGGAAGAAGUGACGAGGAGAGGGUAGAAGCGAUGGAAACAGAAGGCUUGGAGCACGAGGAGAUGGCUUUCUCUUCCAGCAGUCCCUUUCGAACUCCCAUGCUUGGGCCUCUCAAGAAAGUCUUGGACAAGCAGAAAGAAAUCCGAGAGCGAUAUCGCAGCCCCACCCACAUCAAGCGAAGUGACAGCGACGGGGGAAAGAAGGCAGCUAGCGGCAAUACGGCUCUAAGUCAGCAGCUGAAAGACAAGAGAUCGAGCUCGUCUCAGCCUGGCGGUCGAUCUAGCAGGUUGUGGGAUUUGCUGCAUGCGGACCUUGAGAAGAAGAAGUACGAGACAGAGCAGCAAGAGGCGCUGAUAUCUCUGGCAGCAUCACAGGACAACAUGGGCGACGCCUACACUCUGUUGCCUCUGAAGAAACGAUCAAGCUCGUUGGCUUGGGCUUGUGGCUUAUCUUACUUGCUUGGUAAAGAGACCAGAGACCCGGUUUACAUCAGCUUCAAUGUUACAAUUCCAGAGAUCGACAUGCUCUAA